AAUAAACAUAACCUAAAAUGAUUGUUUCAUUCUUUGCCCUAAUUUUGCUUUAAUUUUGUAUAAAAUCAAUUCCUUAAAAAAUGAGAUACGCCCAACUAGUCAUAGGACCUGCUGGUAGCGGAAAGUCGACAUACUGCAGCGCUCUUGUACAACAUGGUGUCGACGUGAAAAGGAACAUCGAGGUGGUAAAUCUAGACCCAGCAGCAGAGCAUUUCGACUAUGAACCGUUGGUAGAUAUCAGAGAACUUAUCCAUGUCCAGGACACAAUGGAGGAUGAAGAGCUUCAUUUUGGUCCAAACGGUGGUUUGGUGUUUUGCAUCGAAUAUCUCCUAGAAAAUUCUGAUUGGUUGCGUGACAAAAUGGGCGAUCAAGAGGACGAUUAUAUUUUAUUCGAUUGUCCUGGUCAAAUAGAGUUGUACACACAUCUUACAGCCAUAAGAAAACUUGUAAAGCAGCUGCAAGACUGGAACUUCAGUAUAUGUUCCGUUUUCCUCGUUGAUGUACAGUUUAUGACCGACGGUGCAAAGUUCCUCUCAGGUACGAUGGCUGCGUUAAGUGUUAUGGUCAACUUGGAGCUGCCUCACGUGAAUAUACUGUCAAAAAUGGAUCUCCUGAGCAAAGGCGCAAGAAAACGACUGGAUAGGUUCUUAGAACCAGAUUCGCACGCCAUUCUAGGGGAUAUUGAAUUGUCUGGUAACUCAGCCUUCAACGAAAAGCACCGAAAAUUGACUGAAACCAUAGGAAAGUUAAUAGAAGAUUAUUCCUUAGUGCGUUUCAUUCCUCUCAAUUUGAAGGACCACGAAAGUAUCGGUGAUGUUUUGAUAACUAUAGACAAUGUUAUACAGUUCGGUGAAGAUCAAGAUGUCAAAACGAAAGAUUACGAAGAAGCAGAUGAGGACGACAAAGAUUAGUUUGUUAUAUGGUGUUUUUUUUUUUAAAUAUAAUUUAAAAAAUC